AUGCUCUUCCUACUGUUGCUGGUGGGACUACCGUAUGUACGUUCGGUGUGCAUACAAUGCGCUUCGCCAGGUCUUCGAAACCAAUGGCAGCUGACCGGUUUACCUCAACGACCAUCGAAUCUCGAAUUCCAUUCGUUCUGCAAUGAUCUUGCCGGGGACUCGUAUUCGGAUAGUGUUUUAAUAUCCACAUGCACUAGCCUCUGUUUUGAGUUGGUCAUACCUUCUGGAAACCAGUACUACUUUGUUCGUGGUUGCCAUGAUGAUUUUAUCGAGAAAAGUGUGUCUGCUCAGAAGGUUCAAACAGAAAAAUGCUUGUUCACUAUGGUCACGGAUCAACGUAUUCCCACAGGAAUCAAGGGAACCGAAUACGCAUCAGCUGUGGCUGCCGUACGUUUCGCGAAGCUCACCGAAGAAGACGAAUACGCGAACGCUAAACUUAAGGAAAGCGGAUUUGCAGAGUCGGAUCUUUCGAAAAAAAUGAUAGCGAAAGGUUGCGUAGCCACUACAACAGUAAGUUGUGUGAAGAGCAUCUUUUACGACGGUACCGGAAGUGACAAUAACAAAGAUUCGUGCACUGGUGCUUAUUGUACGAGCGUUGAGGGAAAACUGAACGGCAGAAAAUACGUGGAGCGUGGUUGUUCGCCUAUCAGUCCUUAUCAGGACAGCACAUGCCUUGCGCUUCUGACUAACACUUCGUUCCACUCAGGACCAGGAGAUGGUGGAUCAUUGUCGCGCACGAAGCGAUCGUUGGAUGCGAUUCUCGAAGGCACACAGUGCAUAUGUUCCACUGAUUACUGUAAUACAUCGGCGAGAGUCUCGUUUUCCGUCCUCCUGGCCACCAUCAUCGUCACCACUGUGAUCCGGUUUUUAUACUGA